AUGGCUCCCACACUGUUGCUGCUGCUGCUCCUCCUGUGGCCUCAGGGCUGCACCUCAGGUGUCCCUGCUGAGAGCGUGUACUCCAAGGUGCAGCAUUUUGAAGGGGAGACUCUGUCUGUGCAGUGCUCCUACAAGAGCCGCAAAAAACACGUGGAGGGCAAGGUUUGGUGCAAAAUCAGGAAGAAGAAGUGCGAGCCUGGGUUCACCCGGAUCUGGGCGCAGGGGCCGCGCUAUCUGCUGCAGGACGACGCCCAGGCCAGGGUGGUCAACAUCACCAUGGUGGCCCUCAGGCGCCAGGACUCGGGCCGGUACUGGUGCAUGCGCAACAGCUCCGGCACCCUCUACCCUCUGAUGGGCUUCCAGCUGGAAGUGUCUCCAGUCCCCACAGCCGAGAGAAACACUCCUCUUACACAGCUGGCCAACAUCCUCAAGAGCGGAAUUGUCAUCACAACGGGCCGAGACCCCACCUCAGGCCCUGGUGCCCCUUUCCCCAGCAGUGUGAGGAUGUUCACACCUGGAGUCCUCACCUUGGCCAGACUCUUGCCCUCCACUGCCUCAGGGACCAUCAGGUUGAGCUCCAUGACAGGCUACAGCUUCACCAGCCCCUCCACCCCUGGGCCCAGAGGGACCGAGAGGCUCCAGACUGUGACCGCGACUCCCAGCCAUGCCCGAGCCUCCUCGGCUGGCCCUGCAUCCAUCUCCACCAAGGCCGGGCAGUUGGGCACCGGAUCGCCCACCACGAGGCUGUGCCACACCAACAGGUCGCUCCUCAACAAAUUAUCCCCCAUCAGGCGCCAGGAUUCGAACCUCACUAUGCUGGCUGGCGUGCUGACCUUCCUCUCGGUGCCUGUGAUGAUGAUGGCGGGCUAUGGGUUCUGGAAGAAGAGACACCGGGGAAGCUACAGCAUGUGCAGGGACCCUUCUCGACCCUGGAGGGACCCACCUGGAAGACCAAAGCCUCCUUGGAAGCCUACUUGGUUUAAGGCCACUUAUGCAGUGGGGGAGCUUUUCGCAGAACCCCAAGAGGUCAUACGAGAAGUGAAGAUGGGGACCUGUCUGGAUUGGAGCCAGGUUGGGGGGUGA